UUCCUUUAUAAAUAGCCAUCGUUCCCAGCUCCGUUCCUUUAUAUUUUCAGACUAUCUAGCUAUCUCACCGUUGAUUCUAGUCGAUUCGAUUCUCAUAACAUGGAUCAGUUGACACUACCAUUUCCAUUCUCACUAACACUGCAUCUAUUACUAUUAGCAUCAGGUGUAGCAUCAACAACAACGUUCACCGUCAUUAACAAAUGCGACUACACGGUGUGGCCAGGCAUUCUCUCAAACGCCGGAGUUCCGCCGCUUCCGGUCACCGGUUUCGCUCUCCAAACCGGCGAGUCCAAAACCAUAACCGCUCCCACCUCUUGGGGCGGCCGCUUCUGGGGCCGCACUCUCUGCAGCCAAGACUCGGCCGGAAAAUUCUCCUGCCUGACGGGCGACUGCGGCUCGGGGAAGAUGGAAUGCGCGGGCAAUGGCGCGGCGCCGCCGGCAACGCUGGGCGAGUUCAGCCUGGACGGCGAGGGAGGCCUGGAUUUCUUCGACGUGAGCCUGGUGGACGGGUACAACGUGGCGAUGUUGGUGGCGCCUGAGGGGGGCUCCGGCGAGAGGUGCACGAGCACGGGGUGCGUGGGGGACUUGAACAGCGCGUGUCCUUCGGAGCUUAGGGUUGAGAGCGUGGAGGGGAAAGGGAGCGUGGCGUGUAAGAGCGCGUGCGAGGCGUUCGGGACAGCGCAGUAUUGCUGCAGAGGCGCGUAUGCGUCGCCCAACACUUGCAAGCCUUCGGCGUACUCGCAGAUUUUCAAGAGCGCUUGCCCACGCGCCUACAGCUACGCGUACGAUGACAGGACCAGCACGUUCACGUGCGCUUCCUCUGCGGAUUACACCAUCACUUUUUGUCCUUCCGCUAACGCUAACCCCAGUCAGAAAUCAUGGCAGGGGCAAAACCCGAAAUCAGAUAGCAGUGGUUCUGCGUCGCCAGAGCUUAACAACAGCACAAUGGUAUAUGUAGGUGCCAUGGAUCAAAGUGAAAUAUCCUGGUCGGCAGGUACACAUGUAUGGGAAUCUCAAGCCAUUGCUGCCUUUGUCAGUAUCACCAUGGCUUUUUGGCUCUUGUGCCACCUCUACUAAUUAACUUCACCAGUUUUCUCCAAACUAGGCCCAUGUCACUAUGCUGGGCCUCGUGAGUUGAGAAGGGCCCACAAGUUUCAACCACAACCAUAUGCGUGUCACUUUACAAGUGUUUAGUUUUUGUCCUGGACCCCUAGCUCAAAAAGCAGAAUCCGAUGUUGCAAUUAGCAAUGGUUAAGAGUGAAGAACCCCCCAAAAUUAAACUACAUACUAUAUGGAGGAAAGGUAGUGGGGCAAUUGAUAGGUUUCUUGUAGCUUUCUUUUUGGAUGAAUAGGUAGACUGUAGAAUUCUUUGUGUUAUGGGUGAUGAGAUUCGUUUAUUGGUUCGGAAGACUUGGACUACAUGAUCACAAAAGCAAAUGGAUUCGUAGUAGAGUACUCCUGUUAUUUAUGCAUAUUAGGAAAACUAAUUUUAUUUAUGUAUAUUAAAAAAAAAUAGUUAUUCUUAUUAAA